AUGUAUCUCAUUUUCGUUGGUGGCGCCCUGCUCUUUUCCUACUGGCUUUUCCGAACACUCCGAGACAAGAAAGCAAAACCGCUUCCACCUGGGCCACGUCGUCUGCCAUUGAUUGGCAAUCUGCAUCUAGCUCCACAGGAGAACCCAUGGAGAACGUAUCAGGAAUGGACAAAGCGUUAUGGACCAAUAUUCAGCCUGCAGUACGGUCUGAACACAAUUAUCAUGUUGGGCACAUACGAAGCGGCCCACGAGCUGCUCGACAAGCGCAGCAACAUAUACAGCUCCCGACCACGAGUAGUCAUGGGGGGAGAGAAUGUCAGCCGCGGGAUGAGAACCCUUCUGAUGCCUUACGGGCCGCAGUGGCGCAAUCACCAGCGACUGCAGGCGUCGUUUCUCAAUAUCCGCGUGUCCCAGGCCUAUUGCGAUCUCCAGGAUGUGGAGAGCAAACAGCUCCUCAACGACCUGCUUGCACCAGAUGCCGAGUACUCAGAUCGAUUCCAUCGUUACGCAUCAAGCUUGAUAUUCGCCCUCGCAUAUGGGCGAAGACUUCCGACCGGUCAUGAACCUGAGGCAAAAGCCAUUGACACCGUCAUGGAGAACUUCCUUUACGCUGCCCGUGUUGGUACCUGGAUCGUUGACGCAAUACCGAUUCUCAACCAUCUGCCCACCUUUCUGGCUCCGUGGAAGCGGUAUGCCGCUAAACUCCAUGAUUUCGAAUCGGAGCUGUACAUCGGUAAUCUCAAAGAUGGCCUGAAAACCGCGUCCUGGAAUUGGUCAAAGCAGGUGCAAGAGAUGAAGGAGUCAGACGGAAUGUCUCUUAAGGAGUUGGCGUAUGACGUUGGAAUUGUGUACGAAGCCGGCAGUGACACAACGACUAUGGCUCUCGAGGUCUUCACCCUUGCCAUGAUAUUGUACCCUGACGUCAUGAAGAAGGCGCAAAAAGAGAUUGAUUCCGUUGUUCUCGGCUAUCCGUCCUACUCGGACAGACAGGUCCUACCAUACGUGGAUGCGGUCGUGAAGGAGGUGCUGCGGUGGCGACCCGUCUCCGCGGGAGGAAUUCCCCACGCUGUGACUCAGGACGACGAGUAUAUGGGUUACCGGAUCCCCAAGGGAGCCACCGUGAUUGGAAACCACUGGUCGAUCCACCUAGAUGAGGGCGUCUACAAGGAUGCCUAUUCCUUCAAUCCCGACCGCUGGAUCCAAGAGCCAGACCUGCCACUCGCGGCUUUCGGAUUCGGACGUCGUGUCUGUACGGGGCAACACAUUGCCAAAAACUCACUCUUUAUCAACAUUGCCCGGCUUCUGUGGGCUUAUAAUAUAGGAUAUGCGUAUGAGGUGGUUGGAGGCGAGAAGAAAAGGAUCGAAGUCGACCCUUUUGCCUUCACCCAGGGGUUCAACUCACGGCCCAUGCCAUUCAAAGCCUCCUUCACGGUAAGGUCACAGGAGAAGGCGGCUGUUAUCCGCGAUGAAUGGGAGAAGGCCGACAAAGACAUCGAUACCAUCCUAGCCAAGAUUCGAGAGAAGCAAAGGGCAAAGUGA